CACUCGACUCUCUACCACCUUCCAUCGUUCUUGCGAAUCCCUAGAUCAUGGCCGAGGAAAAGUACGAGUUGAUCACUCGCAGGCUUGGAGAGGUGUUGUCGGGGGAUAUCAUCAAAUCGAUCUUGUCCGAGGGCAGAAAUCCCAAAGGAUACUGGGGGACGGCCACUACCGGAAGACCCCACAUCGGUUACUUCGUUCCGUUAACCAAGAUCGCUGAUUUCCUUCAAGCCGAUGUCGAGUUGACAGUCUUGUUCGCUGACAUCCAUGCUUUCCUCGACAACAUGAAAGCACCUUUCGAGCUGGUCGGCCAUCGCGCGAAUUACUACAAGUUUAUCAUCAAAACUGUUCUCAAAUCUCUCGGGAUUUCACUCGACAAGCUCAACUUCCGUCUGGGCUCCGAUCAUCAGUUGUCAAAAGAGUUUAACAUGGACAACUACCGUCUUUGCGCUACCGUCACAGAACACGAUGCCAAGAAGGCUGGUGCCGAGGUGGUAAAACAAGUGGAAAGCCCACUCCUGAGUGGGCUGCUGUACCCAGGGCUACAGGCGCUGGAUGAAGAAUAUCUCGGAGUUGACUUCCAAUUCGGUGGUAUUGACCAACGCAAGAUUUUCACCUUUGCAGAACUGUACCUGCCUCGACUGGGCUACAAGAAACGUGCUCACCUCAUGAACACGAUGGUACCGGGUCUUGCAGGCGGCAAAAUGUCUGCGUCCAACCCCAACUCGAAGAUCGACUUUCUCGACACUGCAGAAGCUGUCCGCAAGAAGAUCAAGCUUGCGUUUUGCGAAGAAGGAAACGUCGCCGAGAAUGGAAUCUUGUCGUUCGUCGAGGCUGUCAUCAUCCCCAUCAGCUUGUUGAGGAUCGAAAACAAGCUGCGCGGUGGUUCGAUUCUGGACCCGUCCGCGCCUGACCUGAAGCCGUUCGCGCCUGAUGAUGCACCGGAGGGAACAGUGUUCGCCAUCGAACGGGACGAGAAGUUUGGCGGACCGUCGUACUACAAGACAUUCGCUGAAUUGAAAGAAGACUUCGCUGAGAAAAAGGUCCAUCCCAAAGAUCUCAAAACAGCGGUUUCCACCGCGAUCAACCGUUUGCUGGAACCCAUCCGGCAGGCAUUUGCUGCAGACGAGGAGGCUCAAAAGUUGGAGAAACUGGCUUACCCUGAUCCCAAUGCCAAAGAGAAGAAAGUGAAAAAGGCCCACGUUUACCACCCUCCGCCACCGGGUAAAGGCAAGACUGCGCCGGCCGCCCAGGCAGAAACAGCUCACUCUACUCAGGAAGCAGCAAAGCAGGAGACAGCAUAGCAAUGCAAGGGGAGCACUUGUAAUGUUGCUAUAGAUUUACAAGUAGAUGAUGAUAUACAAUGUGAAAGUAUAUGCGAGGAGCGAUUACAUAGUACAU